UCCUUUUAGUGAGUCCAAUUGCCAUCUGAAGUCAUGAGAGAGAGAAAGAGAGAGUAGGUGAGAGUGAGAUUCUGAUCUAUUUCACAGAAGAAGAAAGAAGAAAGAAGAAAGGAAGUUCUGGCAAAGGAAGGAAAAGGAUCCUAUGGAACCCCUUUUUAGGAUAUUGGUCUAGAUCUAUUUGUCCGUUUUGAGUUUGUGGAUUCCAUACUAGUUUCGCCCGGUCCUUUUUUCUUUUUUCUUAUAAUAAACUUUUACCUGUUCUUUUCUACAUAAAACCUCAACAGAAAGCACAAAAAGACAAUUUCUUUCCAUUCUCAUCUUCUAUUUUUCGCAAUUGGUAGAGCUGGUUAAGUCUACUUCUCUACAAUACGUCUAUAUUCAGGGUGAUAAUAAAAUCUCUGCCCACCCUCCUUCACAUUUUUUUAAUCUCCAUUCUCCACUCUCUAAUAUUCGCUUAGUUUUCAGCGUCUUUGGAAUCCAGUUCAAGUGAAAUUUAUUUUUAUUAUUUGGAUUUUCACGUAUCUGAUUUUAUAGUAUUAGUAAGCUAGUCUGAGAUUUCCAGAGAGUCCUAGUUAUUUUACAGAGAAAAUGGCAACAGGGGAACAACAGAGCUCCAAAGUGCAAACAUGGUUCUGCACAACGGGAUUGCCAAGUGACAUUGUGGUUGAAGUGAAUGACAUGAACUUCCAUCUUCACAAGUUUCCGCUGAUGUCAAACAGUCGAAAGCUUCACCGGCUAAUAACCGAGCAAGAAGCAAAUCAUUCCUCCGCUGCCAUUCCAGAAGAAGAAGAGGAAGCAAAACACUGUCAUUUGGCGUUUGCGGACUUCCCCGGCGGCUCCGAGACGUUUGAAUUAGCCGCGAAGUUCUGUUUCGGCGUUAAAAUCCACUUAUCCUCAUCCAAUGUAGCUCCUCUGCGCUGCGCCGGAGAGUUUCUGGAGAUGACGGAAGAACACUCCGAAGAAAACCUUAUCUCCAAGACGGAGAGCUUUCUCUCGCAGUCCGUGCUCAACAGCGCCAAGGACUCCAUCAUAGCAUUAAAAUCCUGCGAACGCUUAAUGCCUCUGGCGGAGACUCUAGGCAUCACGCGGAGGUGCGUUGAUUCCAUCGUCUCCGAAGCACUUUUCAGGUGGCCGGUGAGUGAUUCCGCUUCUACGCUUCUCGAGACCGGAGGAAGAAGAAGCAGAAGAAGAAAGGGCGCGGUCGAUGGCGAAGAUGACUCGUGGUUUGAAGAGCUUACGUUUCUAGGCUUACCUCUGUUUAAGCAAUUAAUUCUAGCAAUGAAAGAAUCUGAGUUGAAGCCAGAGAUAAUCGAAACUUGCCUUAUGCAAUACGCUAAGAAACACAUUCCGGGUUUAUCGAGGUCCAAUCGGAAGGCCUUGACAUCAUCUUCUUCAGAAGCGGAACAGAAAGAGUUACUUGAGCUUGUGACCUCGAACCUUUCAUCCAAGCAUUCAAUGCCAGUGAGGUUUCUAUUCGGACUUUUACGAACCGCCGCCAUACUGAACGCUUCCGAAGCAUGCAGAGACGCGUUGGAGAAGAUGAUAGGAUCGCAGCUCGACGAAGUUACUCUGGAUGACCUUCUCAUACCUAGCUAUUCCUACCUAAACGAAACUCUCUACGAUAUUGAUUGCGUAGCGAGGAUUUUAGGUCACUUCUUGGAAGAAGAACGACACGUCGCUGCAAUCAACGGCCGUGUUCCGAGGUCGCCGGCGCUGAUGCUCGUUGGAAAACUCAUCGACGGUUAUCUUUCGGAGAUCGCUUCCGAUGCGAAUCUCAAGCCUUCGAAAUUCUACAAUCUCGCUGUCUCGGUUCCUGAUCGAGCGAGACUGUUCCACGACGGUCUCUAUCGUGCCGUAGAUGUCUACCUCAAGGCGCAUCCGUGGGUUUCGAAAUCAGACAGGGAGAAGAUUUGUGAAUUGUUGGAGUGCGAGAAGCUUACGCUGGAAGCGUGCACGCACGCCGCGCAGAAUGAAAGACUCCCGCUGCGCGCAGUGGUUCGGGUGCUCUUCUUCGAGCAGCUUCAACUGCGACACGCCAUCGCCGGAACGCUGGUGGCAGCGGAGGAGCCGGCGAGGCUUUCGGCGGCGUCGGGAGAGGAUGCGAAUGGGGAAGCGUGCACGCACGGUCGCGGCGAUGGGAACAAAUGGCAGGUGACGGUGAGGGAGAAUCAGGUGCUUCGAUUGGACAUGGAUAGCAUGAGGAGUCGGGUGCAUCAGCUGGAACGCGAGUGUUCUUCGAUGAAGAGAGUGAUUGAGAAGAUUGAGAAGACGGGCCCACGAGGCGGUGGGCCCUGGCGGGCCUCCCUGGCUAAAUUCGGUUGCAAGUUCAAAACGCAGGUUUGUGAUUCGCAUGAGCCAACGGUGGGUGAAGGUAGGCCCCAGCGGCGUCCUCAUCGUGAACACUGAAUUGGUAGCACCCUCAUGGCACGUGAUAAUAUGAUUGUAGUACGUGGGAAUGGGUCCCCAUCGCCUUCAAGUGUAAUUGCACGUUUGGCAUUUGUUGCCGGUGUAUUAUCAGUAUGCUUCACUGGAAUUGUUUUAUGUGUCUUUUACUCUGUACCCAACAGAAUCCAAUCCGUAAAUUUAUCAUAAAAAAUUAAAGGAAAUAAAAACUUUUCUCCUGUUCGCCAA